UGACACGCGACCGUCGCGUCUCCUCCGGUAAUCCGGUCACAUCGAGCGGACAGCAGCAUCGGUAGCAUCACAUCAUGGAUGAUUCAGGAAUAAUCAGACGCAGACGGCUGCAGAAGGAUCUUCCUCUGCCCCGUAAGAACAGCAGUUGCCGCGGUAACAGGAAGAGUCUGAUUCUGACCUCCACCUCCCCGACUCUGCCACGCCCACAUUCCCCAUUACCGGGACACAUCGGAAGUAGUCCUCUGGACAGCCCUCGCAAUUUCUCUCCCAGCACACCAGCUCAUUUCUCUUUUGCUUCCUCGAGACGGGAUGGCCGUCGUUGGUCACUGGCGUCUCUUCCGUCCUCUGGGUAUGGAACCAAUACACCCAGUUCAACGUCUUCCAGUUCCUCACAGGAGCGAUUGCACCAGUUGCCGUCUCAGCCGACCAUGGAUGAGCUGCACUUCCUGUCGAAACACUUCGGCAGCACAGAGAGCAUCACUGAUGAUGACGGGGGACGCUGUUCACCCCACAUAAGACCACGCUCACGCAGCCUCAGUCCGGGUCGCUCUCACUCCUGUUACGACAAUGAAAUCGUCAUGAUGAAUCAUGUGUACAGAGAACGAUUCCCCAAGGCCACAACGCAGAUGGAGGGCCGGCUGUGUGAUUUCAUCCAGUCGUAUUGUCCUGAAAGUGUUCUGCCGUUAGCUGACGGGAUCCUGAGCUUCAUUCAUCAUCAGAUCAUCGAGCUGUCCAGAGACUGUCUGACCAAAUCUGGAGAAGGUCUCAACACGUCUGUUUACUUCUAUGAGCUGCAGGAGAACCUGGAGAAACUGCUGGAUGAUGCAUAUAAGCGAUCAGAGAGUUCAGAGUUGACCUUCGUCACAGAAUUGGUGAAGAAACUCCUCUUCAUCAUCGCUCGACCUGCCCGACUUCUGGAGUGUCUGGAGUUUAAUCCUGAAGAGUUUUAUCAUCUGCUGGAGGCGGCUGAAGAUCACGCUAAAGAAGGUCACCUGAUGAAGACAGACAUCCCACGGUACAUCAUCAGUCAGCUGGGACUCACACAUGACCCUUUGGAGGAGCUGGUCAGUCGUGAACAUUACGACAGUGAGGGUCCUCUUACACCAGAGACGGAUGAUUCUGCAGAGGGUAAAUUGAAACCCAUGAAGCCUCCAGAAGAGAGUGAUUUCCAGACCAUCAAGCUGAUCAGUAAUGGAGCCUACGGUGCGGUGUAUUUGGUUCGUCACCUGGAGUCUCGACAGCGUUUCGCCAUGAAGAAAAUCAACAAACAAAACCUGAUUCUGAGGAACCAGAUCCAGCAGGCGUUUGUGGAGCGAGACAUUCUGACGUUCGCUGAGAACCCGUUUGUGGUCAGCAUGUUCUGCUCGUUUGAGACCAGACGACACCUUUGUAUGGUGCUGGAGUAUGUUGAGGGAGGUGACUGUGCGACGUUGCUAAAGAGUAUCGGAGCUUUGCCAGUGGAGAUGGCACGAAUGUACUUCGCCGAAACCGUCCUGGCGCUCGAGUACAUCCACAACUACGGCAUUGUGCACAGAGACCUCAAACCUGACAAUCUGCUGAUCACGUCGAUGGGUCACAUUAAACUCACUGAUUUCGGUUUGUCUAAAAUGGGUCUCAUGAGUUUGACCACAAACCUGUAUGAGGGACACAUCGAGAAAGACACCAGAGAGUUCCUGGACAAACAGGUUUGUGGUACCCCAGAGUACAUCGCCCCUGAGGUGAUUCUGCGUCAGGGUUACGGGAAGCCAGUGGACUGGUGGGCGAUGGGCAUCAUCCUCUAUGAGUUCCUGGUGGGCUGCGUGCCGUUCUUCGGUGACACACCUGAGGAACUGUUUGGUCAGGUGAUCUCAGAUGAGAUUGUUUGGCCUGAAGAUGAUGAAGCUCUUCCUCUUGACGCUCAGCACCUGAUCUCAUCUCUACUGCAGACCAAUCCACUGCUCAGACUUGGCACAGGUGGAGCAUUUGAGGUGAAACAGCAUCAGUUCUUCUGUGAUUUGGACUGGAGUGGUCUGCUCCGACAGAAAGCUGAGUUCAUUCCAAACCUGGAGUCUGAGGAGGACACAAGCUAUUUCGACACGCGAUCAGAGCGAUAUCAUCACAUUCACUCGUACGAUGAAGACGACACAAAUGAUGAUGAGCCGGUGGAGAUUCACCGUUUCUCGUCCUGUUCUCCACGAUUCAGCAAGGUGUACAGUAGCAUGGAGCAUCUGUCCCAACUGGAACACAAACCUGUGGUGACCCGCAGAGAGCCUAAAGGUCACAGACAAGAUCGAUCGAAGAGAGAGAGUCUUGGCAGCCUGACGCUCCGAGACAAGACCUGGAGAACCGGAUCUCCUGAGAUGAAGCGUUUGUCAUGUUCGGAGUCGUCGUUUACUGAAUCAGACUCCAGUCCUCCUGGUGUAUGCCGUCGUUUCUCUGCGCUCUUGGACACGCACCACUUCGCUUCUCCACUAGAGGGUGACAGUGACACGCACACACGGCAGCCGCCAAUCAAAGUCAGGGGCUCAUCACUAGAGGGCGCCAUUAUCGCCCGUGCAUCCGGAUCCGUGGAGUCCAGUUCAACUCUAAUAGUGGGACAUACUGGAGAUAAGCUUCUGCGGCCGGCGGAUGCUGCCAUGGCGACAGCGCCCCUACACAUGCCAGACUCAUUUGGACCUCGAGUCGGAACUGACCUCGUUUUACGAAGAGCUCGUCAUCAUCAGCUCCCGACGGACAGUGAGAAACGAACUGCCAUUCACUCUGGAACCAAGGUCAUAAAGUCCGCCUCCGCUACGGCCCUGUCUAUCAUUAUACCUGCAGUCGAGCAGCAUGGUACGUCUCCAUUGGCCAGUCCCAUGUCUCCUCGUUCCAUCUCGUCCAAUCCCUCGUCUCGUGACUCGUCUCCAAGCCGUGACUACUCACCUAUGGUUAAUGUUCUGAGAUCGCCAAUCACCAUUCAACGCUCGGGGAAGAAGUAUGGCUUUACACUGCGCGCCAUCAGAGUCUACAUGGGUGACAGCAAUGUGUACAGCGUACACCACAUGGUCUGGCAUGUGGAGUGUGGUGGACCGGCCCAGGAGGCGGGUCUUUGUGCCGGUGACCUCAUCACCCAUGUGAAUGGAGAAUCUGUGCAUGGAUUGGUCCACACAGAGGUGGUGGAGCUCAUUCUGAAGAGUGGCAGUAAAGUAACAGUGACAACAACUCCAUUUGAGAACACGUCUAUAAAGAUAGGACCGGCCCGAAAACUCAGCUACAAAGCCAAGAUGGCCAGACGCAACAAGAAGUCAAUCGCUAAAGAUGGACAGGAGUGUAAGAAGCGAAGCUCUCUUUUUCGUAAAAUCACCAAGCAGUCAAACCUUCUUCACACCAGUCGUAGUCUGUCGUCUCUGAAUCGUUCAUUGUCAUCUGGAGACAGUCUGCCUGGAUCACCGACCCACAACCUGUCUACCCAUUCGCCUACACAGACGUACCGCUCCCCACCAGACUCCGCCCACCUCGGCAUGUCUUCUCAGAGCAGCUCUCCCGCUUCGAGCACACCAAACUCUCCCGCCACCUCACAGCACAUGAGGCCGAGCUCGCUGUACGGUCUCUCUCCUAAACUCCACCGCCAGUACCGCUCUGCUCGCUGCAAAUCCGCCGGGAACAUUCCUCUCUCCCCAUUGGCUCACACACCAUCCCCCACCUCCUCUUCCCCACCUCCCAUUGCUGGACACAUUUUCGGCAGCUCCAACACCACCCAGGCAUUCCCCGCCAAGCUCCAUGCCUCUCCUCCAAUCACACGGCCCAGGCCCAAGAGUGCAGAACCGCCCCGUUCCCCUCUCUUCCAGCGGGUUCAGUCUGCCGAGAAGCUUGGCCCGCCCCCUCCACCAUCAUUCCUUUCGUCCUCGUCUUCUGUGUGCUCAGACAGGAAGGGAGGGCUUUGCGUAUCCAUGAGGAAGCACGGUUUGGAGGUUGUGCAUGCAGAAUACCGCCGGGACUCGUUCCACUGCGAGCAUGCCCUCCAAAGCCUGUUGGAGAUUGAAGGAGAGAACACACUCGGGGUGCCGCCCUCUCCACCUGACCAGACACCCACUCACAUGCUCUGUCCGGCAAGGCAACUAGUGAAGCAGGACUCAAUGGUGGGUCGAGACUCUGGGGCCAAAGGGGAAGUGAGACAACUCAGCUCAAGUGAUGCAGAGAUAAGAACCGUCUCGAGAACUGAACCAACAACAACUACCAAUACUAAGGAUACUAAAGCAACCCGUUUGGAUGAAGCAACCCAAAAAGAGAAGAGUUCAUCCAAGUCCGAGACUAGUCAAGCCUCAUUUGAAGUCAUCUCUGCAAGGAAGGAAGUUGGCAAUGAUGCAGGAAAGAGUGAAUCCCUUAGAGUGGACACAUCCACCAUGGGAUGCGACCCUAAGACCCCAGAAUGGACGUCAGUUGGCCAGCAUUCCGGAGCACAGGAACUCAAACCCCAUAGUCUUCAAACAGAAGGUUCUAUAAGUCUGGAGAAAGGCAAAGAUGCUGGAAAAGGCCCUGCAAAGGAUAAAACCCCUUUAGCCCAGACAACGGUUCCAGAGAAAAGCAAGUCUGGUAGAGGCCUUCUAAAUCCAGAAGUGAGUGUCAAUCGAGAGAGGUCUGGAUUAGGUUCAGUUGUCGCUCCUAAAGCUCCAGCACUUUCAGUCUCAUCAGCAGAACUUGUCCAGUCGAAUCCCAGUGAAGAUAGAGUUAUAUCCCCAUUGGGGUCCACCAGAGGACCUCAAGAGGAGAGGUAUCGCUUGGAGGCGGUGGAGGAGACUCCAGCCUCUCCUUCCCCAACCAUGCGGUCACCUUGUACAAGCAAGUCCCGUGCCGUGUCGCCUGGUGACAGGUCAAGCUUUGUGACGCAGCUUACCAGUGUGGCUAAAACUGUGCUGGGACCCAUGAAGUUGGGUUCUCAGGAUGGUGGAAAGGCCAAGGACAGUGGCUCCAAAGCCAACGAGGACAAACGAGCGGCUACAUUGGGAAAAUCUGAAGCCUCAUCUGGGAGUCGCCGAGGGUUUACAGGAACUUGGCCUGGCCCUGGAUCCUCGAAGUCGGAAAAGGCAUCAAAGAGCUCUUCCAAGCAUUUGUAAUGUUUUGAGUGGGUAUUCUGAACUUGGGAUGGGACGCAUCCCCAGAGUUUGUCCAAAAAACUGUUUGAAAGACAGUUUUAGCCAUCAAACCAAUGGAAACAACACUUCAAGAAAAUUCAAGAAAAGAUCUUAUACAAAACAAGGUGCUUCAAAAUGACCAUUGUCAAAUAUGUUUGUUUGUGCAUAUAGCGUAUCAACGUAUGCACCUUCAUAUGUGGAUGUAGAACAAACCAAUAUGUCUCUCUAGAUGCAUGUUACAUGUAUAUCGUGAAUAGACAAGUCAAAAAAAUCUGAUAUGAAUAAAAGACCUAAUGCUAGUGAAAACUGCACAUCUAAUCAUUCCCGCCCGGUCUGUAGGAGGCGUGAACUGUCAGUCAUCACCAUAUCAACCAAUCAGUUUGUCAAAUGUAGAAAUGAGAGGUAGUUCAAGUGUUUACUUAGUGACCAACACAGUAGAUCUUCACAAUCUCAGUACAGUACCUCAACAAUACUGUUAAACUGCCGACAGUAGCACUAACCUCAUACUAGAGGCAACUGAACUAGAGAAAACAGAAAGGUUAACCAGAGGUUUGGGAGUAUUAUACGUUUUUUGCUCAAAAUAGAAAUUGAGUGUUGCACAAGGACAGAGUUGUAUUGAAGUGCUCGUUACUGCUGUCUUAAUUACAUUUGCACUGGAAACACCUCAAAAAAUCUCCUGGAAAGAAGAAAGAUAGAUAUAAUUAAAAUUAGCCUCUCUGAGACCAUUUUUAAGAGAAAAAACCUUAAUGGCAGCAUUGUGAUUUAAUGAGAUUGAAAUUAGUAGAUAAACUCGAUGAAGAAAUGGGUCACAGUGACAUCAAGUUGAGAGAAUACUAUGGCUAUGUUCAGAAUGGAAUAAUAGCAUACAGCUUACUGCACACUGGGCUAUUUAAAAAUAGUAUGCAAAAUAGUAUGCAAUGCUACUAUUUCAAAAAGUAGUAUGCAACAGUACAUUGUUUUCAAAUGACCGUAAUGUUAAAUUUAGUGAGUGGCAUCCAGUUAACAUGCUUAAAACGGUUAAUUUGCUAUUUUAAUCCAAUUUUGUGUAAAUAUUUUUUAACUUUUGUCAAUCACGAUUGAUCAUUAGUUCCUGUUCAUCUGGGUGUUUCAUGCAUUAGGGAAAUUAGCAUACUAUGCAAAUAUACUAUAUACUACAGAAAUAGUAAGGGGCCGUUUACAAAGAACAAAGAACGUUUUUGUGUCUGUCUGCACUGUUUUUCCAAUGUUUUUCUAUGUAAACAUGCUCUAGACAGAUGUCGUUGUUCAUUGCGCGGUGUCUUGUUCAUCAACUUUUAAAAAUGCAUCUUGAGACUUAUGCGUUCUGUUCUCUGUUCUCAUUGUGCUGCAUCUAGCUAUUUUAGCGCAAAAACAUGUUUGGUCUUAACGAUGACCCCUAAGAGUAGCAUGAGAGUAUACUAUUCUGAACAUAGCCUAUGGGCCAGUAAAUGCACUGUGGAUUAUAGACUUGAAUUCUCAUAAAUCUGAUGAAGUUUAAAUUGUUCUUUAGUAAAUAUGCAGAAGAGUUUGUGAAGUGUACAUGGUGAGUAGAUGUGUUUAAUUUAAAUCAUUCAGGGCUUUUAAUUCACUUUUACUACAUAUUGAUCUUUAUGUCCAACUUUUAUAUCAAUUUAUAACGUAAUGAGUUAACGCGUAAAUGUCUAGUGGUUUGCAAGAGAUAGCUUCAGGAUGCAUGGAAAUAUAUGUUUACAUGUAGUCAUUUACGUUUGUGUGAAAAUCCUUUGGAGACUUUCUGUGUAGCGAAUCUAGUAAUGUCUUAGGAGUUUUUGGUGCCAUGUUAAUGCAUCGAUUUACCCAAACAUUAAAGGUGCUGUAAGCAAUUUUUUCAUGGAAAGGUAUGCAACAGUUUUCAAUCAUUUUGCACGUUCUCGUAGUAUUGUUGUUGCAGUGAAUUAUUGAGGCUUAAUGCCAUUUUUAUGCCAUGUUGUUCAUAACAGUUGCCAGGUGAGGGCGCUAUUUUGCUGCUGUUGUUUUUAACAACCGUUUCUGCUUGUGUCGGUCUCAGUAAAGCUCUUUUGGUAUCUUUGGAGUGCAGGUUUUGGGAAAAGGGGGCAUGGCUAAUUCAGCAUCUCAGCUUUACAUCUUAUGGAAAUUCUAGAACAGCUAAAAUCACUUACAGCACCUUUAAGAUUAAAGAAAGACAUACAGUGCACCAUGGUAUUUCCCUGAACCUCUAUGUAAAUACCAUGGUACUUGAAUUUGGUAAUCAUUCAGUACCAUAGUAUAUAAGAGUAUCAUGGUAUUACCAUCUAAUACCAUCAUUGUACUGCGAUAACACCACGGUACUGUUUUAUAAGGGCAAUAUCAUCUUUGAUAUGUGUAUAAUAUUUGGGUAGGGUGUAAAUGCUUAUGUUUUCAGGUUGAUUUGGCUGUAAAGUGUGUGUUCUGUAGUGUGUGUAUGUUUAGGAUAGAAAGUGUCAGUUGUUCGUCCGUGUGUUUUCAGAUUGUGUAGGCCCAGUGUUUGCCUGAAACACAGUUACUCGUGCGAUGAGUUCAAGCAAUGUUACAGAAUGCACUUUAUUGAUUUAUCUCUGUAUAUUGAUUUAUUUGAUUUAUUUGAAUGAUUUUUGCCUUGUUUGGCUAUUAAAAUGGGAAGUAGUAUGUUGCUUUCCAAAACUGUUACGCUGCUCUGCAUAAAUCUUCCUCAAACUGUUUUACCUGUGAAGUUUUGUUUUUUAACAUUCACGUCUUAUAUUAUUGUUUAUUUACAGUUUUUAUAUGAUUUCUCACCUCAGGCGAUGUUAUAAACCAAUGCAAUUUAAAAAAUGAAAUAAAGUGCAGUAAAAUAAAAAGCCUGAAAGA